AUGUCGAACCUUCCCAAGCAGAUGAAGGCCCUUCGGUAUGGUACGAGAAGCCCGAGGAUUGGUCAAUCGUCCAAGUUCCUCUCCCAGAGCUUCGGGAAAAUGAUGUUCUGGUCAAAGUCAGAGCUUGCGGUGUUUGUGGCACUGCACAUUCACGAGGGAGAGUUCAUUGCAAAGUUUCCCUUGAUUCCUGGCCAUGAGACUGUUGGUGUCGUCGCCGCCGUAGGACCUAAAGUCAAGGACUUCAAGGUCGGCGACCGUGUUGCUGCCGACAACAGUGAGCUCUGCAAUGAGUGCUUCUACUGCCGACGUGGAGAGCUUUUGCUCUGCGAGCACUUCGAGGCUCACGGUGUCACCAUGAACGGUGGUUUCGCCGAGUACUGCGCGUACCCUGCCGGCAAGGUCUUCAAGAUCCACAACCUUAACGAUGUCGAUGCCACUCUUCUCGAGCCCGCCUCCUGUGCAUGCCACGGUCUGGACAAGAUCCGGCCCCGCCUCGGAUCAAGCGUCCUCAUGUUCGGCGCCGGCCCAACCGGUCUCAUGCUUGCUCAACUCAUGCGCCACAACGGCGGCUGCAAUGUCACCAUCGCGGCCCCUCAAGGUCUAAAGAUGGACCUCGCUCGCAGCUUGGAUGCUGCCGACAACUACAUUGAGCUGUCCCGCUCUGACCCUCAGGUCCAGUUCACGCAGCUCCAGAAGGACCACCCGUACGGCUUUGACGUCGUCGUUGAGGCUACCGGUUCCGUCAAGAUUCUCGAGGACGCCAUCAACUACGUCCGCCGCGGUGGCAAGCUCGUAGUCUAUGGUGUCUACAGCAGCUCUGCUCGUGUAUCAUGGCCUCCCUCCAAGAUUUUCGGUGACGAGAUCACAAUUCUCGGCUCCUUCUCCGAGACCUAUAUGUUCCCCGCCACCAUUGACUACCUCGACUCGGGCAAGGUCAAGACCAAGGGUAUCGUCAACAAGACGUUCAAGCUUGAGCAGUUUGGUGAAGCUCUCGAGUCCAUCAAGAACAAGAGCGCCAUCAAGGCCGCGAUUGUUUUCGAUGAUGCUACUGGAGUGUAA